UUUUUAUCUCAUGAAAUUGUGCUUUAACAUGGCUAAAGCAGUGAUUUGUGUGCUUCUUGCAUCUCUCUUUGCCUGCUGUAGAUCUGCACCAGUGGCUUUUCAUGGUGGUUCAGAUGUUCUCUGCCCUCUGACAGUAAAGAUCCUGGAUGCUGUGAAAGGGACUCCUGCUGGAAAUAUAGCUCUGGAUGUCUAUCGCCAAAAUCAAGGUGGGACAUGGGAAAAGAUUGCCAGUGGGAAAGUGGACAUGACGGGAGAGGUGCACAGCUUGAUCACCGAGGAGGAGUUCACUCCUGGCGUGUAUCGGGUGGAGUUUGACACUAAAGCCUACUGGAAGGCGGAGGGUCGUACACCUUUUCACCAGGUGGCCGAUGUGGAGUUUGAGGCUCAUGCCGAGGGGCAUCGUCAUUACACUCUGGCUCUUCUUCUGAGCCCCUUCUCGUACACCACAACAGCUGUGGUCGUCAAAGCACAUGAGUGACAGCACACAACAACCUACACGGAGAAAUGACUUUACAUGCAGGGUCCAACAUUAAGUAUUUGCCACACCUUGCAAUGCCAGUUUGCUUGAUAAAAGUACUUGUCAAAAGUGUUUUUGAAAAAGUCUCUUAUGCUCACCAUAGCUGCAUUUGUGUUCAAAAACACCAAU